GUCUGCUGCUGGAGGACAACCCAUCCAUAAGAGCUAUCACUCUGGGACACGGUCACAUCCUGCUGGGGACGAAGAACGGAGAGAUCCUGGAGAUCGAUAAGAGCGGCCCCAUGACGCUGCUGGUCCAGGGUCACAUGGAGGGGGAGGUCUGGGGUUUGGCGGCUCACCCGCUGCUUCCAAUCUGCGCCACCGUCAGUGACGACAAAACUCUGAGGAUCUGGGAGCUGUCAGCCAAUCAUCGCAUGGUCGCUGUCCGCAAACUAAAGAAGGGUGGGCGGUGCUGCGCCUUCUCUCCUGACGGGAAGGCGUUGGCGGUGGGUCUGAACGACGGCAGCUUCCUUGUGGUGAACGCCGACACGCUGGAGGACAUGGUGACCUUCCACCACCGCAGGGAGCUCAUCUCCGACAUCCGCUUCUCCCAAGACGCCGGGAAGUACCUCGCCGUGGCGUCCCACGAUUCCUUCGUGGACAUCUACAACGUCCUGACCAGCAAAAGAGUCGGCAUCUGCAAAGGAGCCGGCAGCUACAUCACACACAUCGACUGGGACUCCAGAG